UCGUUGCCCCAAUCUCUCUCCCUCAUAUCGUACUCUUGCUUCUCCAGUUCUUCUCAAGAUUAGUCCAACCGCAAUGGCGAAACUGGCGCUGCUCUUCGCUCUCUUGUGCUCCUAGCGACCACCGUCGCCGUCCGCCUGAUGAAGGACCCAUCUCUUGGUGCGUGGAAGGGUCUACAGUGACCCCUGCAAAUCCGACUUUGAGACCUUCGCCUCUACUAACACUGUAGGUACAACAUGCACUUUCUUUUUUCUCUAUUUGACCAGAUCUUCCGUUUCCUGCUCAAUUUCUCCCGUGAAGUAGUGAGAAUGGUGAUUGUUCACUUCCCGGUGGACUUGUAGACUGUAGAUCUGCUUCAAAAUAGGCGUCGAUCUGGUCGCUAGAUCUUAGGAUCUGUUAGAUCUCUCUCGUUGUUGCUUGUGGUAGUGAAUGGUUCUGUCUAGGUCAAAAUUUUCGUCGGUGGAUUCGAUUUUGGUGUCAAGGAACAAUCGCACUAUUUCUGGUGCUAUCUCAAUGGCAAAUACCCCAGAGGAAAGAAAGAGACGGAAAAGUCGAUUCAAGCGCUUUGAGAAGGGAUAAGGUAAUCGGGCAGAACUCAAUCAUCAUUAUAAAUCAAAAGGUGUUGGAGCAGCAAAUUCAAAUUUGUAUGCUUGAAGGGCUAGUGCCAUGGUGAUCAGGAAGAACUUGGAUAAUGGGGGAUCUGAGGCUGUUGAAGACAUUGAGUGGGAUGCCCUUACUGUUAAGAAGACCUGUCAGGAAAUUGAGAAACGUUACUUGUGCCUUAUCUCUGCCCCCGAUCCUGCCACUGUGAGGCUAAAAGAAGUUCUUGAAAAGGCUCUUGCUAUGGUUCAAAGCUCGCAGAAGAAUUAUCAUUACAAAUGUGAUCAGCUAAAAUCGAUUUGCCAAGAUCUAACUGCUCAAACCGGAAUAAAAUUUUUUUACAGAUUCCAACAGGGUACUCGGAACCUGUGGUAUAAUACAGGUUUCGGGUAGGUUCCGGUUCCAAGAUUCAACAGGGUAGGGUCCGGUUCCAAAAUGUUGGAACCGGUCAUCUACAGGGUAGGAUCCGGGUAUUGUAAAAAAAACAGGGUAUCCGGAACCGAUCACCCCUAUAUAAAGUAG